AUGCACCAUGACACUCAUCCAACUCAUUCACAAGAAGACAAAAAACAGUUGUUGGAUAGGCAGAGGUCACAUUGUUUUAGUUGUGCCUCAUUCGUCUACCUUCCCCUCUGGUCUCAGCUAAUGCAUCACUACUAUCCACCCAAAAAUUUCACUGAUCGAUGUUGGCAACCUGAUGCUGGAAUCGGUCUCGUGCCCUGCUCUUCAGCAUGUUUCACACUAGUCGAGAGGAUCGAUGGUGAGGAUUACAUAUCUGAACAACACGGAGUGAUACGUGGAUGUAUGGAUCGUCUUCUACUAUUUGGACUCGAUGACGACGUCAGAAAUAUUCUAAACGCGUAUGAAAAUCAGAGGAUAUGUAGGCAUACGGAUAGGAAGCUGCUAAGGUUAUUCCCGUUGUCAGGGCAGACUGAUGUGGUAACAUUCUGCUCGUGUCAAGGAGACUUUUGUAAUGAUCACGACAUGCUCCGUGAGCUGAGUUCUUCUAAAUCUCAACAUCUUCAUCUCGUCAUUCUCUUCCUCUCCACGUGGAUUCUUUUAAUAUUUUAA